UCAUAAUUACACGUUUCAUAAUUACAUCAUUUAAUUUGCAAAUUUUUUGUAUUAUUUUUACUUUACUCACUAGUAAAUUCUAUUAAGUAAAUUGGAUUAGCCCCACAUUGGAGACUUGUGGCCGGGGAAACUCUCUGGCCUCAUUUCCUCAGUUCAGACUUUGUCAUUGGAGCUGCUGCUCAUCGAAACUAAACUAAAGAGAAAUCAGAAAAAAAGCAUAAUACAUUUCAUUGUAUUUGUCAAUGAAUAAAAUUCACAAACUAGGAACUCGCCUCAAUGUUAUUGUUCAAAAUAAAACAAAUAAUAAUAACCGUAAAUGUGUUGAUUAAAUAAGGGAAAUAAAUAGACUUUAAUAUUCAAAUACAAAAUAUACAGUAUAGGAAAAACUGUUGAUGUGUCCUUAGGCAAGACACUUCACCCACAUUGCCCAGUAUGAAUGUGGUGGUUGGAAGGGCCGAUGGGCAGAGUAGCAGCUGCAUCUCUGAUGAUCUGCCCCAGGGCAGUUGUGGCUACAGUCGUGGCUUGCCAGUACUGAGUGUGGAGUGAAUGAAUAAUGCGCCAAAUUGUAAAGCGACUUGGAGUGUCUGGAAAAACAAAACGAGUCUGUUCUUGUGGCGAGAGGUUUUGGUCCAGUUGAAUUGUAUCCUUGGGCCUGAGGCGAGUGGGUCCAGGCUCCACAUCCACAGCACAAAGCGGCGUGGAUCAGUUGUCCUCAGCUUCCUCCGGAUAGCAGAGUUUAGGUCAUUGUGUUUAAUGCUGUGAACCUGUCACCUUUUGAAUCUGGUUAUAACAAGUGCGUCAAACUGACUCAGCAUUGACAGUUAACGUGGAGACUCUAACAAGGCCUCAAUCAGAUUAGGGCUCCAGGUGAAUGAAUGGGAGUAAAGAGUCACACUUACACAUCAGUGAUGACUUUUGUUUAAACAAAAAAUGGAAACAGACACUGCACUCACUUAAAAAGAAAAUUUGAUUUGAUUUGAUACACUAUGAAUAUAAUGAUUCUUGCAAUCAUAAAUCCACUUUGUAAACAAAUAGUGUGCCAAAUUGCCAACUGCGUAAGAUAACUUUAAAGACUUAAUCUUGAAUCCUUGAUACGUGGAAAGACAGAAUUUAAUCCUGUGAAUAGACAGUAAGACUGUUUUACUUAGAUGCUAAUUCUUUAAUUUGGAUCUACAUUAGCGUUCACUCGAGUGGGAGUCUGGUGCUACUGUUCUUGGGUUCUAUAAAAUGCAACAAUUACAGUGUCAAUUUCAUGUACAUAUGUAUCGUAUAAUAAAAAAUGUAGAGAUGCAUUACAAUUGCAGAAGUCAUGUUAAUCUACUUUUGCAUUUUAUCUACAAACUACAAACAAUAAUUUAGAUGAAAGCAUUUAUAUUAUAUUUAUAAUGAAAUCACUGCUAAAAUACAGUAUACACUUAUGUUUAGAGUGACUUUGAAUUUCACAGGUGAAAUGGCUUUAUUCAUUCAUUUAGUCAUUUUGAACAGUUCAGUUUUUAUCGUAUAGGCUAUUUAUGUUUAGUUAAAUACUAUUUCAAUUUGUAAUUUAAUUUAUAUUGUCCCUACUCUGCGCAGCACUUUAGGGACUUUGUGUUAGUAAAAUGUGCUAUACAAAUAAAACUGGAUUGGACUGGAUUGCAUCUUUACUGCUGCUGCUUUGUGUUUAAACAUUGUGGUGUGCUUAUCAUAAUGUGUUUGCACAGGUAAGUCUAUUUGAAUGACUUCUUCUUUUUCUUGGUCUGAGUUCUCUUCAUACAGUGCUCAUAAAGAUUCAUAAUAAUGUGAUGAUAUGAGCCAAAGUAAACACAAGCUUUUAUUUAUCCACAGAGUGCAGACUCAGGCGUGCUAAGCUGCUUUUCAAGGUCGGUCUGAGUUCUCUUGAUCAAUAUAACACCCAAAUGUUUUGUGUAAUCACUGGCACCAGGUUCUACCAUGCAGUGCCAGCCUGAUCGCUCCAUGGACUCGUUAACUCCGGUACUUCUUCGUAACUGCUGUGGGUGGGCCUUCACGCCGUCCUAUUUUAAGUGCAGUUGCUGUGGAAACUCACCUCCCGCCGAGUCUGUGAGUGUGCCAAGCAGUCCUCUUCUAGGAAGCCUUAUCCCAUUAGCGGGUUAUCUCUGCUUUGGGACGAUCAAGACUUAAAGAUUAAAGGUCACUCUUGCGUGAGGCUUCAGUCCGUCCUUACCUGCCCAGGAUUCAGAGCACUGCUGCCCCUGUCUCUGGAUCAUCAUGGGCUCCCACAGCUCCAGCCUGGACGACAUCCUGGAGGAGGACAUGCACCACUGGUACACCAAGUUCAUGAAGGAGUCUCCGUCCGGCCUCAUCACGCUGUUUGAGCUCAAAUCGAUGCUGGAAAUGACCGGUAUGACCGAGGAGGCCAGUAGCUAUGUGGACCAAGUCUUCUUCACAUUCGACAUGGACGGGGACGGGUAUAUAAACUUUGUGGAAUACAUCGCAGCCAUAAGCUUACUCCUCAAAGGAGAAAUCAACCAAAAACUCAAAUGGUACUUCAAGCUUUUUGAUCAAGACGGGAACGGAAAAAUAGACAGGGAUGAAAUGGAGACAAUAUUUAAGGCCAUUCAAGACAUCACUAGGAUUUAUGACAUUCCUCCAGAAGAGAUCGUGAAUCUAAUAUAUGAGAGGAUCGACGUGCACGGAGAAGGUGAGUUGACCUUGGAGGAGUUCAUCAGCGGCGCCCGGGAGCACCCUGACAUCAUGGACAUGCUCUCCAAAAUGAUGGACCUCACCCACGUCCUGGAGAUCAUCCUGAAGGGACAAAAGAGGAAGGCCGUCAACUAAGCACAACCACACGAAGAGGAGGACGAGGAGGAGAUCAUUUUGCACAUUACCCUGAAACUACACGCCCAACCCAACCCAAGUGGAACCAAGAAACCUGUCUGAAAUGGAGGAAGAGGAGAGGAGUGAAGGGUCAGUUGAGGUGCAGUGGCGUCAGGACAGAGACUGGAGCAGGAUUAGCAGCUCUGAUUGAAGUCAUUACGAGCUAAACAAGCCAAGGCCUGUGGGUUUACACAACUGUCCAGGACAAUUCCAAGGAUACGCCCCGCACCCCCGCUCCCGUGUCCCGGACAGUUUUGGAAUCACUUUAUCAUUAUUUUGUGCUCCUGUCACUUUCAUUCACACAGUGACAAUGUCAAAGCAUGCCCUAAGUCUACAGACAUACAGUAGUCAGUGUUGUUGUCAUCGUUUUUUUUGUCAAGUCUAAGCAACAUAAUUCAUUAUAACUUCCAUGUAGUACAGUGACGUGUUUGUAAUUGAGUGGAAGUGACUAAAACUUAAGUUGCCUUAUUAAUUCAUAUAAAGUUUGUUUUGUUUAAA